AGGCACUAAACACCAGGGCCUUUUCAAGGCCGUCAUUUGGGGGGUUGCAGGCUGCUGCUCUGGGAGCCUGCCUCCUCUCUUGAUCCCUCCGGCGUCGCGCUCGUCAUGGCACCGCUGAGGGGGGCGAGCCGGAGGAAGCGCAAGCCCGAGCGGGCCUUGCCGGCGCAGGAGCCGCCGGUGCCGCAGCCCCUCGCCGGCGACUGGUGGGACGCCUUCUCCCGCAGGCUUGCAGCAGGACAACCUUCCAAAGAAUGCGUAAACUUUGAGGCUGCCUUUAAGAUGUCGAGGAAGACCUUUGACUACCUUUGCUCUCUGAUCAAAGGGGAUUUCACGAGGAAGACACAAAGUUUCAGGAAUUUCAGAUUUGGGGACAAGGUGAUUCUAGGUGUGGAGGAUCAAGUUGCUGUUGCUCUGCUAAGGCUGACCACUGGUGAAUCACUUCUGAGCAUAGGAACACGCUUUGGGAUGAACCACUCAGCCAUCUCCAACAUCACUUGGAAGUUCAUCGAGUGCUUGGAGGAGCGCGCCACUUGUCAUCUGAAGUGGCCUGAUCCUGAGGAGAUGGCAACCAUUAAAGCAAAGUUUGAAAAAAAACAGGGUCUCCCCAACUGCUGUGGCGCUAUAGACACAUCACACAUCCUUAUGUGCUCUUCAGCUCAGCCUAACAGCAAUGUCUGGCUGGACGGCGAGAACAAGAACAGCAUGGUCCUGCAGACUGUUGUUGACCCUGACAUGCGAUUCAGAGACGUCGUCAGUGGCUGGCCUGGGAGCUUGGACGACUCGUGCAUCCUGCGCACCUCGGGCUUCUACAGACUCUGCCAGAAAGGAUCAAGGCUGACCGGGCAAAUGGAGCUUCCUGGAGAAUCAGCAGGGUCAGUGGUCAGAGAAUACGUUGUUGGUGAUCCCAGCUAUCCUCUCCUUCCAUGGCUGAUGACUCCAUACCAAGACCAUUGCCUAUCUUCAGAGAAAGUGGAAUUCAACAAGCGUCACGCCGCGAUGAGAAUGGUGGUGCAAGGUGCCCUGGCCAAUCUGAAGGAACGGUGGCAGGUCCUCAAGGGAGAGCUGUGGAGGCCGGACAAGCACCGGCUGCCAAGGAUCAUCUACGCUUGCUGCUUGCUAACUAACAUCAUGAUCGACCUUGAAGAUGCCGUGAGGGAUGGGAUGCCGGCAUCGCACAACCACGACGAGGGCUACAGGCAGCAGAUCAGCAGCGUGAUGGAGGACGACGCGGUCAUGCAGAGAGACCUGCUGAGCCGGUACGUCAGUAGAGUCGGCAGCAGAUGCCUAAGUGGUCCCGUCCCUUCAGUUCCUUGCUAAUACGAAACGAAGCAUACCAUCAGGAUUACAGUAGCAGUGCGGAUUUUCUUAGUUUUGGGUAUGAUUGAUUCUGGGCAUUGGUAGACUGGAAUAGUGAAAUUAGUGAACAAGAAAUGUCUUUAAGCUCGUGAAUCCUGCUAUAAUAGUAUAUUUUUCUACAUGUCUGAGCAGAGACAUGUCUA